AUGGACCAGCCGACAGACGCCCGUCCGCCACCCGAGCAUGCCUACUGGGCUGAGAUUGAGGAGGAUCUGUCGGUACCAGAUGAAGCAGAGGUGAAGGAGAUUGAGUCAAAGGCGGAUAAUGACGCCUCUGCGACCAAGUAUGACCAUUGGGAAAAGACCUUCUACCCCGACCUCGGUGACCCCGAGUACAAGCCUGUCGAAAAGGCGCGCCUGUCUUGGAAGUUGAAAGGCGUUCGAGGAACGAAGGAAUGUCCAAACUGGGCUACGGUCAUGCGCUCUCCCCCUGCGUAUAUCAGUGGUUACUGGUGGACGAUCAAGUUCUUUCCUCGUGGGAACAAGGCGAAUUCGUUGAGUAUUUAUCUCGAAUGUUCGAGUACCAUGCCAACCCCGGACAGAACAUUGCCCGAGAGCGAGUUCAAGGUACUCCGGGGAGCCCCUGAUGCCACAUUGAACGACUGCACUCCGGAUCUGGACCUCAAGACCGAGAAAACAGAUGACUCAACCGCCUGGCUGGACAUGUACAAGUCCAAGUACCCACCAGCAGCAGCUUCGCAAGAGCGCUCCCAAACCUGGAGAGUCGCUGCUCAAGUCGCAGUCAUCAUCUACAACCCCGACGAACCCCGCACCGCCUGGAUGCAAUUCUCGUGUCACCAGUUCAAUCCCCACAAUUUGGACUGGGGCUGGACCGACUUCCACGGCCCGUGGGACAAAGUCCACGUGCGUCAACGUGGUCAGCGCCAGCCGCUCCUUCGCAACGACACCCUGGCCUUUGACGCUUAUAUUCGCAUUAUUGACGAUCCAACCCAUUCGCUUUGGUGGCAUCGCAGUGUCACGGAGAAUACCUGGGAUAGUCUGGGUUUGACUGGCUACCGGCCACUGGGUGAUUCUGGCGUCAACCACCGUGCAGAAGUAGCGGGGCUGGCUUCUUGGUUGCACAUUGCUCCUUUCUGCAAGAUCAUCCAAAGCGUCGAUGUUUUGGAGCAUCUUGCCAACUGCGAGAUCAAGCCCAAGCCUUUGUGUGAUGCACUGCAAAGGGUCCUGUGGACGGUGCGCUCCCGCAGUGGGUCGCAGUAUGUCGACACCGACGUGGUCACCGCUACACUGCGCAAUCUGAACGAGUACUCGAGCGACGUAUCCGAAUUCUGGGAACGUUUGCGUCGCGGUCUUGAACUGGAACUGGCGGGGACCAAAUCCGGCGAAGAAUUCGCCAAGCUGUUUGACAGCCCGUCUGUUGCACAGCUCCCCGGGGCCUUAGAACCCGUCAACAUGCUUCCCCCGGAUUACAACUCGCGCAUCUGCGUCCAGGCCGAUGAAGUCAAAACGACAGGUGAAGCUUUGGCCCAGUAUUUCAGCACAAAGCCAGGCCGUUGGGCCCUGCCCCCUGUGCUCAACAUCGAGCUUAACCGCCACAAACUUGACCAAGUCACAAAGCAGUGGCGCCUCCUCUAUAACCGCGUCGAUCCGGACGAAGAACUUGAUUUGACAGAACAAGUUGCAGAGGGCCAAUGCGGCCGUUACGUCUUGUAUGGUUACGUUGUCCACCGCGGCCGCCGCACCUCAGGCAAGUUCUUCAGCAUUCUCCGUCCUGGCGGUCCGGGAACGCGUUGGUUCGCAUUUGACGACGGCAGCGAUAAACGCGUCGAGUGCUUGACACGGAAGACGGCACUGGGACCGCAUUUAGGUCUGGAUGCUUCUAAGAAACCAGAUCAGAAGACUGGUCAUGACGUUGCUGUAGUGAUUAUGUAUAUCCGCAGCGAUGUCGUAGGUGAGUUCUUGCCUGGUCCGCAGGGACAGUGGGAUGCGCCGGAGGAUAUGAGGGAGUACUACGAGACGGGCGAAUACCCGUUCAACAAAACUGUGGAUGGCAAGCCUGCUGAAUCUGAUCUGCAAGUGGAAGUCUACUCGCUGCCUAACUACGACGAGAUGGGUAGUUUGUUCGAUACAUAUGAUCUGAUGUCUCGGGCCAAGUCAAGCAACAAUGCCAUGUACCUGAGCGUACCCCGAUCAUCUACCUUUGUCGACCUCCGCAACAAGGUGUCGUUGUGGAAGUCUUCAGGUGGAGAUGCCAUCCUGUCAGAACAUGUCCGUCUCUGGCAAAUCGGACAUACGCUUGAUCGUCAUGGACCAACGCUUGCAUUCUCCCGUGUCUCGUCUCUCAACGACACAUUGGAUCUACCAGCAAAGGUAGCGCGUUUCUGGAUGCAAGUUGUCUCAGGUGAAGAAGCCAAAUACUUCGCCAUGCCAGAUCCGCCAAAGAGUAUUGCUUCGGCGCAGAAGCCUAUGCUCGAUGGAGCUGUCGUCGAGCAAAGGUCUUCGCAGUCUAUUCACGAGGUGGAUGAUUCUGUUGAUCCGGCUUUGCUUGAGCAGUCGUCUGGAACCGUUAGCAAUGAUGGACAGUCAUCUGCUCCUACGCCUCCAUCGUCGGUGGAAGGGAACCCUGACAGUGAUGCUGUUUUUGCUCGAAGGAUUGCCAAUGAGAUUCGGCAAAUGGAUGUGGCUGCGGCGUCUGAGGCAGCGCAGCAGCAGGAACAGCAGCCAACACCCGAUGCUACUGCUGAAUUGACCAUCCAAACUCGAUCCACCGAAGCAUCCGAACCCGCUACCGCUGUCCAAUUACCAGCACCCCACGUCUACUACUUCCUCCAACUCUUCAACGCAGACACCCAAUCCCUCCGCACAAUAGGCACAUUCUUCUCCCACGCAAACGAAAACAUCAAAUCCGCACUCCUCACCCACCUCCCCAACCCACCCAAAGACAUCAUCAUCUACCAACGCACCGAAACAACAACCCUAACCUCCCUCUCCGCCAGCGAAACAUUCAACCCCGUUUCCACCCCCGACGGCACCAUCUUCAUCGUCAGCGAGCGCCUGUCCACCGAAAAACGCACUUCCCUCUACACAGCCGGCAACUUCUCAACCCCACAACCUCUAAUAACCUACCUCUGGGCCUCAUCCCGCAAACAUCCAACGCAAUCCUUCACCGGCACAGCCACCCUCCCCGCCUCCUUCAGCACCGACUCCUACACCGGCACCCUGCUUAAAGGCCACUACCACGGCCCCGGCACCCACAUCACCCCCCUCGGCUCCACUUACACCGGCACCUUCACCUUCUCCCUCCGUCACGGUCAUGGCACCAUGACAUACCCCUCCGGCGACACCUACGAAGGAUCCUGGGCGCACGACGUACCCCACGGCCAAGGCACAUACAUUGAAGCGAAGACCGGCAAUAAAUACGUCGGCGGGUAUAAGGAUGGAAAGAGGCACGGGAAGGGGGUGAGCUAUUGGGAGGUUGCGGAUGAGGAGGCGGAUUUGUGUUCGAUUUGUUAUGGGGGGGAGAAGGAUGCUGUUUUUAUUGGGUGUGGACAUGUCUGUGCUUGUGUGGGGUGUGCGGGGUUGGUGGAUUUGUGUCCGAUUUGUAGGAAGCGGGUUAAGAGGGUGAUUAGGAUUUAUAGGGCUUGA